AUGAACGAUAUCCCCUAUAUUCAGCCCGCUACGAUCAAGGCCUGUAGUAGGUGCAGAACUAAAAGAAUUAAAUGUGACAUGAGCCUGCCGAGCUGUAGUGGCUGUUUAAAGCGAGGUGCCUCUUGUGAUAUCACGGAUAUGGCAAGCUAUAGUUUCCAAUCUUUUCGGGCUUUGCAAGAAGAAAACGAUCGCUUGAAAGAGAGCAUGCGUAGCGCAGAAGUAUUAAGCGGUGCAGACCCACCAAAAAGGCGAAAACAUGAGGUGCACCGGCAGGAUACGGAGAUAGACAAGAUUGUCACUGAAGUUGGAUCUCUUAAUAACAACAGUAGCGGAACGUACAGCAGUUACCUGGGUAGUGCUACGGGUACAACACUGCUGCAGAUAUUUCUUAAUCAGGUUGAUGUGUCCACUCUCCACGGACUGAAGUCGUUGGAUUUAAACAACGGAAAUCUUAACGCCUUCCACGAGUCAUCGUUUGCAAAUGCUGUAUAUGCUACGUUGCCCAACCACACAAUUAUCGACUACCUGUGGAUCUCUUAUAUUGAUGAAGUGCAUGUUCUCUACCCGAUUAUUGAUAUAUCACGCGUCAGAAAAAUUAUCUCAGAUCUCAAGAAUAGAUCUAUGGCUUCCUUUGGUCCAGGUGAACGGUACGUAUUGUUUAUGGUUUUGGCAAUUGCCUCAUACUGCUCUCAGAACAAGAAAACUUAUCAGCAGCUAAAGGAUGACAAUUUACCGCGGGAGUAUUUUGCUUCUGCUUUCAAGUAUUUUGAGGCCACUGGCUCUGGAAGCCAGGAGGAACUCAUUGAGUCACUAGAAAUGCUUACUCUUUGGUCUUUGAUAUCUAACGAUUCCACUGGUAACCUCUGGAAGCUUACGAGACACGUUGUGACCUUAUGCAUCGAAUUGGGGUGUCACCGAUAUAAUCCAAACUGGGAUAUUGGUGAGUCGACUACAGAGCGUCGAAACAGGCUUUGGUGGUGUGCGUUCAUGUUUGAACGUCAGGUGGCGGUCCAGACCGGACGAGUAUUAAGCAUUCGGAGUCAGGCUAUUGAUGCGGAGCUGCCCAAAUUUAGUGACAGAGACGCGCUCACUGCAGAGGAGUCUCGCAAAAGUACUGUGUACAAACACAUCAACUUUCAGCCUUUGUACCUCCUUACUAAGCUGCGGAGCAUUGGAGGAGAUAUACUGGAGAGCAUCUAUAUUGCUCGAGGAAAAGGGCGUCCCACGCUAGCGAUAGAGGUGGUGAAGAACACAGCGAGACAUUUGCGUGAGGAGCUUGACAUUUGGCUUGAAUCUGUGAUGGAUCUUUAUGAGGCAAGAUACGAACGUCUUUUUCUAGAGCUUAGGGUGCACUAUGUUAUGUACUCAUUGCUAUUGUCGCAGCCGUCUCCAUCUUUUCCGCGAAUCGCAGAGAGUGCGGCGCAGGUGUGCCUAACGGAUGCCAAAGCCGGAAUUGAGUCUUUUUGGGGGCUUGUUGAGAAGCAUGAUGCAGGCGGCUUUUGGGGUUGUGCACACAUGGUGAGCUCGUUUGCGGUGUGCCUUUUAUACUCUGCUUGGGUUGUUCGCAUUGCACCUGAGGAAAUUACGGUCUACGUGCACCGGGCCAUCAGGUUAUUGAGGGUACUGUCGACACAGCGGGUGGAAGCUCAAUGCCGUGUGCUGGAACUUCUGUGUGCAAUCACGACGCGAUAUUUGGCGUCUGAGCAUGAAAAUAUUCCGCAAGCCUCAGUUGGAUGUGGGAUGGACUUGGGCAGUGAGGACACUGAGAGGCAGGAAUUUGUGGAGCGGUAUAUUCAGAGUCUGACGCACGAGACACCAUUCAAGCUUUUGCGAGACUUACGGACGUCUGCGACAUUUCUAGAGGCCGGUGGACUGACCGAUGGGUACAUAGAUGAUCUACUGCGAUUGGUGUCAGAGAACGAGACAAUUUAUCCGUGA